AUGCUGAAGGGGGAUGUUGAGACAGACAUUGCAUACCUGUAUGAAGUUCUGCCGCAGCUGUCUCAAAUUUUUCGUAUAAUAGAUAAAAUUGGAGAAGGUACUUUCAGCUCAGUGUAUUUGGCAGAGGCACAGAUGACAGAUGGGUCGAGAAGGAUGUUUGCAUUGAAACACCUGAUCCCUACCAGUCACCCUGUGCGUAUAGCCGCUGAACUCCAGUGCCUGACUGUUGCUGGAGGGAAAGAAAAUGUGAUGGGAGUCACAUACUGCUUCAGGAAAGAGCAUUACGUGGUCAUUGUCAUGCCAUACAUGGAGCAUCAAACCUUUGUGAUUCCACGCAAGAUUGUUUCUUCAAAACACCGUUCAGUACCAGUGAGAACAACACUGAAUCAGAGACAAAAAUCCCCCAUUGAGAGUCAAAAACCCAAACCCCCUGCCGUCAGCCCGAGUCUCACCUGCAACUGCUACAUGACUGACCGCAUCUGCAACAUCUGCUUGUCCAGGAAACAGCAGGUGGCUCCGAGGGCUGGUACCCCAGGCUUUAGGGCUCCUGAGGUCCUGACUAAGUGCCCUAACCAGGGAACAGCUAUUGACAUGUGGUCAGCAGGUGUCAUUUUGCUGUCACUGCUGAGUGGGAGGUAUCCAUUCUUCAAAGCCAGUGAUGAUCUGAUCGCUCUUACUCAGAUCAUGACCAUCCGAGGAUCUAGAGAGACGAUUGAGGCUGCUAAGACGUUCGGUAAAUCUAUAGUGUGCAGUCGUGAGCUUCCUCGAUUGGACCUGAAGAUCCUCUGUGAGACUCUAAGAGGUUUGCGAUCAUGGGAUGAUGGCUUACUUCCUGCUGAGUUUCAAGCCUCACAUAACCCAGCAGAAGGAAAACAGGAUGCAGGGAGUCCUGUUAAGAAGCAUAAGAGCUCUCUCAAAAGCAGUGCAGAGCUGCAGGAGAUGGGCUGGGAUAAAGUGCCUGAUGAUGUGUAUGAUCUCCUGGAUAAACUCUUAGAUUUAAACCCAGCAUCGAGGAUAACUGCUUCUGUGGCACUGCAGCAUCCACUUUUCAAAGAUAUGACUAAUUAGUUUUUGCGCCAUCUUCUAAUUUUGUAUUGUUCUAUAAAGUUACAUUUAUGCAUCUGUUUUCUAACUACAUGCUGUACAGCGAUGUUUUAUUUAUUAAUCUUAUUUUUUGGGUUUCUUA